AUGUCGAGUCCUCUGGAGGACGCCAAGCCCGCCUGUGGUGGCGGUACGAUUGUUGGUGAUUAUGAUGUUGGCAUCCACGUUCUUGGACUGUUCCUUGUCCUUGCGGCGUCAGCCUUCGGAUGCGGCUUCCCAGUGAUGGCGAAGAAGAUCAAAUGGCUCAAGAUCCCUCCGCCGGUAUUCUUCGCAGCUAAGCACUUUGGUACUGGCGUUCUUAUAGCAACGGCGUUUGUGCAUCUUCUUCCGACUGCGUUUGCAAGCUUGAAUGAUCCCUGUCUACCCGAUCUCUUCACGGUCCAAUACCCGGCGAUGCCCGGUGUCAUCAUGAUGGGCUCUCUGUUCUGCCUGUUCAUCAUCGAGAUGUACAUGAAUGCUAAGACUGGUGGACACUCCCAUGGCGGCCCCACAGGCGAAGCUCCAGUGCCCAUGAACAUGGGUUCUCCCCCAAGGCCUCCUCGACCCAGCAACGUCGGCGGCUAUCCCGAUGACAAGAAGGAGAUCCAGAGAAUGUACGAUGACGAAUAUGGUCGAAACAUGCAAGACAACCCUUUUAUGACGAACGACGAGAAGGCACAGUCCGACAUGCCUGCUUGGUUCAUCGUCUUUUAUGAGCAAUAUGUUCGCCAACGCCUCGAGUUGGUCAAGAUGAUUCAAAACGCUGCCCCGAGCUACAACUACUCAACCUCCCAGGAUCAGCAAAUCUCCCGUGCCGCCGAGAGUUUCGAUACCGAGAACCAGACCGUCGAUCCCUCCGUGUACAAGAAGCUGUCGGCCCAGAUCACCAUUCUCGAAGGUGGUAUCCUCUUCCACUCGGUCUUCGUCGGCAUCACUGUGUCUCUUACCGUCGAUGGUUAUAUCGUCUUGCUCGUUGCUAUCCUUUUCCACCAAAUGUUCGAGGGUCUCGGUCUCGGCUCCCGAAUUGCUGAGGUUCCUUAUCCCAAGAAGAGCAUCAGGCCGUGGGUUCUCGUCUUCGCUUUCGGAACCACUGCUCCCAUUGGCCAGGCUAUCGGUAUCCUCGCUCGAGACUCAUACGACCCCAACAGCGCCUUCGGUCUGAUUAUCGUCGGCGUGUUCAAUGCAAUUUCAUCGGGUCUCUUGAUCUACGCUGCCCUUGUAGAUCUCUUGUACGAAGACUUCCUCUCCGAACACGCCCAACAUGUCAUGAACAAGGCUACUAAAAUCAAGGCUUUCUGCUAUCUUCUUGCUGGCGCUGCGGGAAUGUCCAUUGUCGGUGCGUUCGCUUAA